ACCCCCCUCCCCUGCACGUCGGAAACGUUCUCCUUCGCCCUGAAGGAUGAAAUCUCUGAGUCGUCACAAGGGUACCCGAGACAUUUCUCGAAUAAUGUGUGCCCUUACCGCACUCCUCUUCUCUCUGGUGUUUCUACUGGGAAUCGCGACCGAGUUCAACCUCUUCCCACGACCGCAUACAACUGCCCUUGGAACGCAUAGCGGGACUGUGGACUAUGACUUCCCUGACUUCAACAAAAUCGUACAUCACUACACACUCUCGGAGAGCGAGAUUGGUCUUGAUAAUCCCAUCAGACGCCUUAUGUUCGUCGGCGAUGUCCAUGGGAUGAACAAGUCUCUCCACGACCUGCUUUCCGCGGUAUCCUACAAACCUGAGACGGACACGUUGAUCUUCGCCGGUGACAUCAUGGCGAAGUCAACGCACGCAGGCUCGCUCGCCGUCCUCGACUUCAUCACUCAGCAUAAAUGUGGCGGCACUCCGGGGCCAGUGUAUGCUGUACGCGGAAAUCACGAUCAGAUGGUCGUUCAGUGGCGAGCCUGGCGCGACUGGUUUGAGCCGCUCCAGCUGACGUUCCCGGAGCCAUCCCGCAUCGACGCCGCCAAGGACAAGAAGCCUGAUCGGCCUGUGCGUACCGGGCGCGAGUUUCUUCGGUUGAUUGAGCACGAGUGGAUGCACGAUGUACGGACCGACCCGAAGAGUUCGGCCGAUCCCAACGCAUGGGCCGACACGGCGCGCAAGCGGGCGGCGGGUACGUGGCGCGCGGAAUGGUGGCGCCGCAUCCCGCACUUUGGUAAGGGGCGCGAAAAGAAGGAUUGGGCAAUAUUUGGGGAUCACUAUUGGCUUGCGAGAGAGAUGACGAUGGCACAGCGAGAAUGCCUGUAUUCGCUACCGCUGGUUAUCCACGCCCCCUCGGAGCAUUUCUUCGUUGUGCACGCCGGUAUCUUGCCCUCGGAUCCUACCCUUCCGCUCUUGGAUGAGCAUCAGCCUUUGGCUCACCCCCCGGUGCUGGAUGUUUCCGGCGCCGAUGUUGACAUUGAGGGAGAUGACGACGACAUUACUAUAAUCUCUCGCAUUGUUCAUGUGCAACAACUGCUCAGCACGUCGACGCUUACUCGCAGUUCGCCGCGCAAGAAUGAGACACUCGAGGAGCUGCGCACUGCCCAGGAAAAAGCGAUCAUGACGGAUAUCCCGACGAACCGUGAUCCGUGGGUAUUGCUUAAUAUGCGUGGCGUCCGCAAGACGGGCAAGGUCACUCGCAACAACGACAAGGGUACUCCAUGGAGCAAAAUCUGGAACAACCAGAUCGGCCGUUGUCGAGGGUUUGACAACUCGUCUUCGUCAAUGCCCGACGCGCCUCGUAUCUACGACAUAAAGAGGCCUUUCACGCGGCCCAACCCUGGCGACGACUCUGACAGCGAGACCAUCUUGCUUCCCUGCGAGCCGGCUUCCGUCGUGUAUGGCCACGCUGCCACGCGAGGACUGGACGUCAAGCGCUGGAGCGUUGGUAUUGAUACGGGCUGCUUGUACGGGUGGCGGUUGACCACGCUCAUCCUGCAGCGCCCCAACGGGAGUGACAUCGAGUCAAGAUACCCUGAAAGCGAAGUGGAUGAUGAUGGAGUGUACCAGGACGAGGACAACUGGUACAGUGCAGGCAUUGCGCGCUCUGACGGUCAGUGGGAAGAGCCGGAAAUGCCGAGCAGAAGGAGAAGGCGGAAGACGCGACGCGUGGAGUUUGGCGACAAGGGUUCGGGCCUCGACGCGCGUCUCGUGAGCAUCAAGUGCCCGAAGAUGGGCGAUUUUGCAUGAACCGUUCAUGCGCUUUUUCAGUGUCAAACAUGUGUUGUAUCUUGUACCUUGCGAGAAUCGCUUUUGUAUCCUUGUUUAAUUAUUGGCAUCAUACCUUACUGUUGUGCAUAGUGCCUCGUGUAGAUUACUGUUGUUUCUAUUGCACUUCCGAGAUCUAGAGGAGCUUCUGAAUCGGAAAUGCAUGUAACGAGUUCCC